UACGGCAACACUAUUGUGCAUGUCAUCCAAAUGAACGGAAAUGUAGGCGUACUUCGCGAGAAGCUGUUUAUGAACCCCAGUUAACCGACAGCUCCACGUCUUUCGUUUCCACAGCCUCUCCAUCUGAAGCUAGGAAGCCCCGUCUAAGCAAAUUAUACGCCCGCACUUUUUUAAAGAAUACGCUAUCAUCGGGAAAAACCAAAAAGCCCACUACAUUUGAUGGUUUCAUCAAACAGUUGGAAGUAGAACAACUGCCGUUGGAAACCCUGGAAGUCUCUACGAAACGGUGCAAAGGGGGACGUAGCAAAGUCCCUCGACUUGCGUAUUCAUGUAGCAUAUGCAAGAAGAAGUUUACCAAAACUUGUGUGGCCAGGCGUCAUGCGCUGAAACAUGUUAAUGAAAAACCAUUUCAAUGUGCCUUAUGUUAUAAGAAGUUCACUCAGAAGUCUACAGCAAAGUCCCAUGUAAUGAUGCAUCACCAGUUGAAACACAGACCAUCUUGUCCCUUUUGUCAUCGACAAUUUCGCGGCCCUGCGAUCCUUGCGAAACAUGUACGCUCACGUCAUGGAAUAACAUCAUACACUUAUCCACCCCCCGAUCAGUUGGAUGCGAAUUCGGUUGUGGAGAAUUUCGUGACCACUGAACCCCAGUCGCAGGCCGAUACUACUACAGCAUAUUCACAUGUUAUUUCAGCUAGCACAAACAUUGCUGCUACGCUUUUCAAUUCAGGCAAGGCUGUGGAGAACACUUCGGAGUCAAUGUUUCUGAAACUAUCAGAUGUCUCCUACAGUUGUGUGACUAACCCAGCGAUCACUUCGGACCCCGGUGAUACUUCCACGGCUUAUCGACCUUACAGAUGUUCUCUAUGUGCCAAAUCCUUCUUCUCACGGGCCACUCUAUCUGUGCAUAUGCUUCGCCAUUCAGAUUCCCCCUUACCCCAUGUUUGUCAUUUCUGUCCACUUCGCUUUGCUACAUCGUCCGAUCUCACUCACCACGUCCGCUCUCAUUCGCCCCGUAGGCGGCUUAGACUCGCUCGCCAAAUGGCCCAGUCUGCUAGUCCCUUGAAAUGGAACAGUUUUUCCCAAUGCUUUUUAAGCACACGCAGAUGCAGGAGUGAUCGGUCCUUCAAGUGUUCUCUAUGUCCUCGUUCGUACAGACAUCUUAUCCAUUUGAAUUAUCACGUUCGACAGUCUCAUUGCCCCGAUCAAGCUCCAUUUGAAUGCGAUAAAUGUGCAAGACGUUUCGUUAACGAUCGUCGUUUGACCCGCCAUGUACAAAAGGCUCAUGCGUCCCCGACUUCACAAUCUAAAUUGACAUGUUCCGUCUGCACUUCCCAUUUUGCCACCGUCAGCUCAUUGAAACGCCAUAUGGUUAUUCACUCGGAUUCCAAACCAUACAAAUGUCACAUUUGCCAUAAAAUGUUCAAAUUUCACUCUUCUUGUGUGAAGCAUAUCAAAACACAUUCAUCCAGCGUGGUGGAUUUGGACGAGUUACCUCACCAAAGCGACGUUGUACAAUUUUGUCCCACCUCUGGUGAAUCUACCACUAAUUUACCCGCAACGGAUGGAGAAUUAGUGCACCAACCGAAGCACAGCUAUACUUAUGCAUACUUCACCGAUGUGCAACAUGAAAUGUGUGUACGCUCCACAAAUGCUACCAUGUAUCAGACCACGAGGAAUGUAGCCGACGAAACUGGGUUGGAACGCGGCAUCAUUAGAGAUUGGAGUGAUUCUUUGUUGUACGAUCCAUCUCUAUUUCCAGGCAAUGAUGGCAUGAUCAUUCAUCCAACUGAUAAGGCUCCAACUCACUGUUACUCUAAUCUAGAUCCUGUCAACACUGAGACUAUAAUCACCGGUCACGCUGUGUCAGGUGGGGCUCACACUUUAUCGCAAUAUGCUGACUGUAAGCACUCUGAAACGCGGGGUUGCCCUACUGGAGUUUUCGGGACAGUAUCCACCAAUGAGCGACGGGAACAUAUGAUUCCUCCUGUGUCUGGAACAGUUUUGUACGAUACAGCCACAGUGCCGGUCGGACAUCGGCUGGAUUUACCAGAAGGCACGGCCGACUCUUAUAAUCUGGUUCAUCCUCCUAUAGAUUCGACCAAGGGAACCGUUGUUCCAGGUUCCCACUUCAAUUUUUGCCGCCUAAACCCAGCACCAGCUUGUCCUACUUUCUCCGAUGCCACGGUCAGGUCCUCAGUCGUGAAUGCGUGUGAACCAAACCAAUCGUCACAAUCAUUUUUGCUUUUUGGAUGCGGUGUUUGCGAUGCAAGCUUUGAAUUUCCCCAAAGUUUGGCCAUGCAUGUGCAAUCAAAUCACUCCAUCAGACCGAAACCGUUUCACUGCGAUACUUGUGGAUCCUGUUUUGCUAGUGAAACUCUCCUGAUCAUCCACAAACGUGAACAUUCUGAUGUCUCAGCUACGGAGAUUAGUUGCCCAUCUUGUCCUCUUUUGGAAUUUGGCAAUAAAUCUGCGCUCACUCGACAUGUUCUACUCUGUCAUCCGUUACCCACAAAAGAUCGUUUCCGGUGCACACACUGUAAUACUCGGUUCCGACUGCUACGUAGCCUCAAGACCCAUGUGGCUGGUCUGGUGGAUGCGGCAGAACAGCGUCGGAGCGAGAGCUCAGUGAUUGAAAAAUCGCUGAAGCAAGUGUUGACUAGAAGACGGAAGCGCCUCCGAGAACGCGUCCAUGUGAUCGAACCUGCUUUGCUACGGUCCGUGACUCAGAAGGCUCAUUUGCCACAAGAGUGCCUAAUUUUGUCGGAAAAGUAUUUGCUCAGCUGCGUCCGUGAUUUGGUGACAAAUUCCGAGAACAACACGAAACCGUCCAGUCCAGAGCGAAACACAGCCGCUUUGAAUCAGGACGUCGAUGAGAGAGGUCACAUUCGCGUAAAACGCCACCUGUGUCCCACCUGCGGUCGCUCGUUUGUUUCAGUCUCCGGGCUCAGGCACCAUACACGGGCACAUUUGGGAAUCCGACCGUACAAAUGCACCGAAUGUGGUGAACAGUUCACUAAAAAUUGUCUUUUACAGAAGCAUAUUAUCCGAACGCACACCAUCCAACAGCCUGGUGAUGCCAACCUCAGCCGUAACCCCCAAGAAGCAUCGCUCCGUAGUCCUGCAUGCCUUGUCGGUUUUCGCUGUCAUCUGUGUGAUCGAACAUUGUGGUCAAAAAACAGUUUGCGCUGUCAUGUCCGGCGGCACGCUGCGUCCAGAACUUACAAGUGCAUCUAUUGUCGAGCACGUUUUACCACAUGGAGCCAGAGGCAAAACCACUUACACGUGUGUCGGGAGUUUAACGACAACAUACAAGAACCGCCGCCUACCUUCCGUGAUAGGCGCACGACAGUAGGGUCAAACGUAGAUCGCUCUGUAACUGACAUGACUUUUCCCCAAGCUUCUGAGAUCGGACUUCCAGACAAUAUGCCUGUGACAGGCGGAGAUAGCUCCUCUAGUGUGCCUUUAAUGACUAGCUUUCUUACAGAAGAUGGGAACCAGGUUCUGUCGUUGCCUGUUGGCGCGAACAUAUUGAUCCCUGUCCAGGUCAAAGAGGAUCUUCACACCCACCCUGAAUGGACAUCGUCUAUCCUCCCAUCCCAAGUCCUUUUUCCUGGUUUGUAUUUGGCUCCGUUUGUGUCCGAGACUGACACGUUUGGUUCGAGUGAAGUCAUCUCGGUCGUGGAGUUGUCACAGACACCGUCCUUCGUCCAGACAUCCUUAGAGCCGUCCACUACUGUUGAAGUUGUUGAUCAACCCAACUCCGUUUUAGGCUCAUACCACGAGGCCAUCUGUUGUCAAUCGUGUCACACCAAAUUUCCCGACAGUCGAGCUUACUUCAAGCAUCAUUGCGCAAAAAUAGCCUUACUUCAUACCAUGUCUCCCAAUCCCAAUGCAGAAACUAAUGCAAAUGUGAUUUCACGUGGACGCCGCCGUGGUGUCAGACCUAAGCGUGCCACUUCUCCUGGAGCAGGUCGUUCUUUCCGCGCUUUGCACAAAUGUGCCACAUGCUCCCGAGUGUUCCCUCAAGCGUACCUCCUCAAACGACACGAGCGCACACAUACCAAUUGUCGUCCGUUCGUGUGCAGAUUCUGCGGGGCCGGUUUCUCUCAAAGCUACAGCCUCACAACGCACGAACUCAUUCAUUCGGAUGCGAAACCGUACACAUGCACUCAGUGCGAUCGAGGAUUCCGUCAAAAAUCAAACUUGCAUCGACACAUUAGGCUAAUGCACUCCAGCCAGACGGAUUGAGAGUUUGCUAUGAUCUUUCCAACUACCUCUGUUCUCUUCGGACACUUUACAACCAUGUGAAUAUGAUUUUUUUUCUACUGUCA